GAGCAUAAUUUGUGCUAUAGACUGCAUGUGUUAAACGUAUAGUGGAACACGGAGGAGUGUUACCGCCUGCUCCUAUUGGCCUUCUUUAAAGGGGGACGGUUCCACAUCUCAGUAGUAUUUUCUACUGACGAUUGGGCUUUUUAAUAUAAAUAGUCCUUUCAGUACACCUAAACACCCCUGUGUAGGAUAGACACUGUCAACGGUUGGUAUACACCCUCCUAAAGAGACAUCGGAACUCAAGAUGAAGGUGUAUCUAAAGUUGCUACACUUUUGCUCAACGCUAGCUGCGUUGUUGCAACCAUUUACUGCGAAUGCAACUUUGCUAGUAGAUCCCAUGCAACAUGAGUUACAAGUUGGCAACGAGACCACCUUCGUUGCAAAGGUCAAAGUAGCCAGGCAAACCACAUCAACCGCUGCCUUCUUCUACACACCCUCUGACAGUGGGAUUAAGAAGUUGAUUGACAAGGAAAUUGAUGUCGUCAGUCGUGACCUAAAGGGAAUAUUCACCAUUGUUGCUAUUGAUUGCAGUAACAGAACGCUCAAAUCAAUUUGUGAAGCUGAAUUAGGAUCAGGUUACAAAACGCCUAUUCUUCGUGUCUAUCCUAAAUUGCCAGUACCUGCGUAUAACUACAGUGGUGAAUUGACCAGUGCCAAAGUCAAACGUGAACUGGUUAAACAUGUUGCAUCUCAGGUUGAAAUCAUUAACUCCGGCAAACUACCGGAUUUCAUGGGCAAAUUCGAAACCAUGCCAAAGGCACUGCUAUUUAGUGAUAAAACUGGACCUAACUACAUGUACAAGGCACUCAGUUUGGCCAUGGACAAGAAACUGCUUUUAGGUUUCGUCAACGUUGAUGAGAACCCUGAACUUAAAACAAGAUACAAAAUCAAGUCAUUACCUUCGUUGAUUGUUAUCAAACCCGAUACCAAGGUUGACCGCUUUGAAGGUACAUUUGAUUACCAAUCCAUGUUCGAUUGGUUAAACGUCUACGCCGAAACAUUUCUGCUCGGAAGUGGAUAUGAUGUUGGUAACACCAAAGCCACCAAAUCAAAACCGUGGUUACACGACCAACUGCCACAACUCACAAUAGAAUCUCACAUGGAUAUUUGUUUCAACAAGUCACAUGGAUUCUGUGUGAUUUAUAUGGUGAACGGUAAAAUAUCGAACGAAGAUCGCCAAAUGAUGAUCGACCUCAGCUCAAGGUACACAGGCCAAUUCACAGGGAAAUGGAUGUGGAUGGACCUUGAAUCUGAAAAAGGAUUUGCCGAAAUGUUCAACCAGAUAGGGGAACUCCCAUCGGUGGUCAUUUUCAACCCUAAGAAACGACUGCGCUAUAUGCUAUUCGACGGCCAAGAACCAGUGACACGAAAGGGUAUUGAAGAGAUGCUAGAAAAGGUGCUAGGAGGUGAUGCAAGAUUCACCCUUGUAAAGGGUGAUAAAUUGCCUAAUUUCGCGCCAAUUGAUUCCGCGAGACAUGACGAACUAUGAAUAGGUGUCUUGACAUCGGCACACACCUUUACACAUUGCCGUAUUUGUUCCAUUUCAAAUACACACAUACCGUACAAUUU